UCCCACGGCUCGAGCCGCCGUACGUCAGGCCCCCGCCCGGCCAGACUGGAAAGGCGGACGGGCCGGGUCGGGCGCGGGAAGAACCCGGGAGGGGAGGGGAGAGGAGGGGCAGGAGGGCGCAGGGAGGAGGGGAAGCCGGGACCGCACCCGGUCGGCUGGGGCACUCGCCAAGUGGCCGGGGUCGGCCGGCUCCUCCCCAGGGGCGGGGCGCGCGCUCGCAGCGCGGGGCGCACGUGGCUCGGCUGGGACGCCGGGUCUGGCUUGCGGGCUCAGUCUAGGGUGAGGUGUUUUGCGACCCUGAGGUAGAAUGAGGGUGAAGCGGCAGCGUCCUACGUUCUGGGAAAGAAGCGCGGAAGCGGUUUCCUGGGCCUCCGGGCGCGCCCAGGGCCGGGGCCCUUUCUGCAGAGGUUGCCGCGGCGGAGCCCUGCGCGGGUCCUGCCGACCCCUUUACCCUGACAGGGCCUCGCCGUGGGGUCUGAGGGGCCGCUGUGAGGUGCAUGGCGCGCCGUUUCCUCUCCAGGAGCUCCUCUCAGGAAUACAGCCCGAGAGGAUCUGACCUGUAUCAGCCCAAAGGACACGGGGACGAGCGCCAUGACGGGCGGGGACACGGAAUCUGCCGGCCCGGAAGUGCAGGCUGCGCGCGGCGGCCGGAAGCGCCUCGCGGGAGGCGGAAGCGGAAGAAUAAAAAUGUCUCAUAAGCAGAUGAAGGAAGCUUUUGUCAGUAACCUCAAUGGAACCACCGUGCUGGAAAUCACCCAGGGAUUGUGCUUUCCUGCAUUCUGUAUCCUGUGCAGAGGAUUCCUGAUCAUUUUCUCACGGCACAUAUGUUCUUUUUCACAUACCUGGAAAACUAGAUUCUUCAUUGACUUUGUUGUCCUUAUAGUUCCCAUGGUAGCCACUUUGACCAUUUGGGCUUCAUUUAUUCUCCUUGAGCUUCUCACUGUAAUUAUCUUUGGGGCAGGGCUGUUCUAUCAAAUAUACCAAAGGAGGACUUGCUAUGCCAGAGUUCCUUUCCAGAAAAUCCUUGAAAAAUUCUUGAACAUCAGAGUAGAAUCAGAAUACAUUCCAGCUAUCUCCUGUUUCCGUGUAAUUACUAGUGCAUUUACUGCUAUUGCUAUUUUGGCUGUGGACUUCCCACUUUUUCCCAGAAGAUUUGCCAAAACUGAGCUCUAUGGGACAGGAGCAAUGGAUUUUGGAGUAGGUGGCUUUGUUUUUGGGACUGCAAUGGUUUGUCUAGAGAUCAGGAGGAGAAAAUACAUGGAAGGGUCCAAAUUGUGUCACUUUACAAACUCACUGUACUCUGUUUGGCCAUUGGUCUUCCUAGGAAUUGGACGAUUAGCCAUUAUAAAAUCAAUAGGCUAUCAGGAACAUUUAACUGAGUAUGGAGUUCACUGGAACUUUUUCUUUACCAUAAUAGUUGUGAAAUUGGUAACACCACUGCUUUUGAUUAUUUUUCCCCUAAAUAAGUCCUGGAUUAUUGCCCUCAGCAUUACUGUAUUAUACCAGCUAGCCCUUGACUUUACCCCACUGAAGAGGUUAAUAUUAUAUGGUACUGAUGGUAAUGGCACACGGGUUGGUCUAUUAAAUGCCAACCGCGAGGGAAUAAUCUCUACCUUGGGGUAUGUGGCAAUACACAUGGCUGGUGUACAAACAGGGUUAUAUGUACAUAAGAAAAGAUCACAUAUCAAAGACUUGAUAAAAGUAGCCUAUUGUCUUUUGCUGGCAGCUAUUAGCCUCUUUAUAUCUCUUCAUGUAGUUCAAGUAAAUGUAGAAGCAGUAUCUCGAAGAAUGGCAAAUUUAGCCUUUUGUAUUUGGAUAGUUGCUUCUAGCCUGAUCCUUCUUAGUAGUUUAUUACUGGCUGAUAUAAUUUUGAGUUUUGCCAAAUUUCUAAUUAAAGGCGCUCUAGUACCAUGUUCUUGGAAACUUAUCCAGUCACCGGUUACAAAUAAAAAGCAUUCAGAAUCUGUAGUCCCUGAAACUGAAAGAAGGGAACCCAGUCUUUGUUUAAUCACAGCUCUAAACAGAAAACAGUUAAUAUUUUUCUUGCUGUCAAAUAUAACAACUGGCCUGAUUAACCUGAUGGUAGAUACAUUACACAGCAGUACCUUGUGGGCCUUAUUUGUGGUCAAUCUCUAUAUGUUUUCCAACUGUUUUAUUGUAUAUGUACUGUAUUUGCAAGAUAAGACUAUAAAAUUUUGGUGAUCAGCAGUAGGAUAUAUAAGUAUUUGGGCAAUAUUUAAUGAAGAAGAAUAUAAAUUGUAAAGAAAAUGUGUUUUUGGCAACAGUGUUAACCAUAUUUUAUUAUAAAAUAAUAGUAGUGAUGCUUUAUUUUUUUUCCUGGGACAGAGCCUCGCACUGUUCCCCAGGCUGGAGUGUAGUGGCCUGAUCUUGGCUCACUUGCAACCUCCACCUCCUGGGUUAAAGUGAUUCUCCUGCCUCAGCUUCCUAAGUAGCUGGGACUGGAGGUGUGGGCCACCAUACCCGGCUAAUUUUUGUAUUUUUAGUAGAGGUAGGGUUUUGCCAUAUUGGCCAGGUUGCUCUCAAACUCCUGAACACAAGUGAUCUACCCGCCUCAGCCUCCCAAAGUGCUGGGAUUACAGGCAUGAGCUACGACACUGACCCAAUGCUUAAUAUCUUAAUGUAUCUCAACAAUAAACCAAGAAGAAACAAAGCCUUGUGACUUGUUAGGAUGUAUGCUAUUCUGUAUUUUUAUUGUAUAUUGCUUUUACAAUAAAUGUAUAUUAAAUGAAAUGUUUAUGUUGACAUUUCAGCGUAAACUGGA